UCUUCACAUGCUAACUGGUGAAUACAGAUGGGUUUUUUCUACUGAGUUUAUUGCAAACUUUCAAAAAUGGAUAACUUAGAAAUAUCUGUAACUAAAAGUAACGGAAGUGAGAAGAAAUUGGACGAAGAUUAUAUAUACGGAAAAUGGGGUCCGUAUCAGAUCGUUCAGACAGCUAUCGUCCUUUUCAACAUAUGGCCAACUGGAUUUCAACUCUUGAUAGGAGUCUUCAUUGGUUACAAGCCUGAAUUUCAAUGUGCAGCGCCAGAUUUAGACAGUGAAAUUGUCACAAACAGCUCCGUAUACGUUAAAUAUGAGAAAUGUCACAUAGAAGUAUUUCUCAAUAACACCCGUGACACGAAUCAUCAGCUGCUGCAGAGGACUGCAUGUCUCCAUGGCUUCCAGUACAGUCUGGAUAAAGACAGCACGAUUGUGACAGAGAUGGACCUAGUUUGUGAUCACGGAAACCUACCAGAACUCGUGCAGACUCUAGUAAUGGCGGGGCAGCUAGUGGGAGCAGCGUUUGGAUCUUCUCUAAGUGAUAAAGUUGGAAGGAAGACAGUUCUUCUAGGCAGCCAUCUACUGACGCUAGUUUUCGGCAUAGGUGUUGCAUUCUCACCAAACUAUACAACUCUUGGCAUCUUGAAAUUCAUUCUCGGUGUUUUGCAACAGGGAAUGGUAAUGUCAAAUGCAGUGAUGGGAUUAGAGCUUUUUCCGCAAAGUACACGAUUCUAUAUGGAGUCUUUAGGGCUAUUCUUUUGGACAACAGGACUAGUUAUCAUGGCUCCAAUAGCUUAUCUACUGAGACACUAUUCAUGGAGAUACCUUCAAAUUGCAUUAACAUGCUUUUCCUUGUUCAGUUUGGUUCAAUAUUGGGUUCAAGAUGAAUCAUUGAGGUGGCUCUUGGCAAAUGGGAAAACAGAGGAAUCCGAAAGAAUAAUAAGGAAAGUGGCAAAAUGGAAUAAAAUCAAUUAUGCUGACCUCAAGAAGAUAGUGGACAGAAGAAUGGCACGUGACCAAAAGGACACGCAACAAGCAGACACCGAGGAAAAUAAAGAACACGGUCAGGUGUCGUCAGACAUGCUUGUUGUCGAGAAAUAUUCCAUUUUAACCGUACUCCGUAGCAAAACCAUUUUCAUCAUAUCCUUGAUUAUGUGGUUUACAUGGGUAACCAACACUGUGACGUAUUUUGGGCUGACCCUGACAUCGACAUCACUGGCGGGAGAUCGUUUCCUGAAUUUUUUCCUAUCGGCGGUUGUUGAAUAUAUUGCUGCAAUUCUUGAAUAUAUAAUGCUCCGUUGCCUCGGGAGAAGAACAAUAACGAUUGUUUUCCAUGCCAUAUGUGGGGUAUCUCUGACUUCAGCCACUUUAUUUAAACACUUUUCAGAUGGUGACAGCAACCUUGAGACGGCGUCAGUUGUAGCUACAUUUGUGGGGAAAAUGGCGAUAACAGGAUCAUUCAGUACUCUUUUCUUAUACACUCCUGAACUCUAUCCAACAAAUCUGCGGAACGUUGGAAUAGGAUUUUCUUCAUCUUUCUCAAGAAUUGGUGCUAUAGUCUCUCCCUUUGCUGGAACUUUGGCUGAAGAAAUACCUUGGGCUCCGGGAACAAUAUUUUCGGCGAUGUGUUUCAUUGUGGUAGUUAUUCUCUUAUAUUUACCGGAAACGCGUGGUGUAGAAUUACCCCAGACUUUGACGGAAGUUAAAUUGUGGUAUACCGAUCACAGUGGACUACAUCGAAGACAUAAAUCGGAGACUACGAAACUUUAAGAAUCAUUUAUAAGAUAUAUUGGACUCCAAAAUAUGCACCACGAGUGAGCAGAUUCUGUCCCAUUGUUUAUUUUUUUUUUUUGUAAUUCAUUUAUUUUUUGCUUUAACAAUAAAUAAAUAUUUACAUAUUAACAAUACAUGAUAAUAUAGUAUUAGAGGCAAACACGGAAUUAUGGACAGUAAAUUUCAGUUAGUCCGCAUGCAUGCAUGUAAGAAUUAAUUCAUACCCAAAUCCUCGUAGCAUGCUUAUAUUCAAUAUUUUAUUUUCUAAAUUAUCAAAAAUUGUAUAUAGAAAUAAUAUCUCGGUGUAACGGCGGGUGACGUACUAGUUAAUCGUGCAUACAUAUGUACCAAAUUACAUUAUUCUAACUAUUCCUUUUUAUUGUAAUCAUUUCAGAUUAAUUUACAUGACAAAUUAGUGAAAAUCACAAGAUGAGCGAAAACAUUCUGAAGAGUUCAUUAUGGACUUUUCUUUUAAAAUAUUGUGAUAAUAUAUUCCUGUUGAUUUAAAACAGAAAAGUUAUGAAGAUUACGGAGGAAAUAUAGACUAAUUCUGAUUAAGUCGCAAGUUUAGUUUAGCCAUUAUAAGUUACUUAAGUAUAAUGUCGCAGGAAAAAUAUCUAAUUCGUUUUAUGCUGCGUUCGCUUCAACUGUCAUACCCCUGUCAUCUCAAUUAUUUUUUCCCCCCAUCAAAACUUCUUAUAACGUAAAUUAUAUUAUAUCGAUGUUAUGACGUUGCGUUUUUAACGUCAUUUUGACGUUACCAAAAUUGACAUCAAUAGCAUGCGCAACGUCAUAACAACUCCUCUUGAAUGUGGUCUAAAGGAGCUAAAGAAGGCCUUAUAUCCCCACUGUGUCUUUAUCAUAUUUUCAUCUGUCAAUAAAAUGUGCGUCUUCAAUAAAAUAUACAUUGUA